UGGAGCCCUGCCCGCUGCCUGCUCGCCUGUCACAUCUCUGCUGCUCAGGCUCGAGCUAGGUUGGGGAACUAGCCAUGAGCUAACGAGCAGCCAGCAAGGAAGUCUCUUUUUUUCUUUUACCCACGCCAACUGAAAAGCACGCCCGAGGCGGUCCCGAACGUGAAAGCUUGCAGCAACUCCGCUAGGAUUUAAAGCUUUGCUGCUGAAGCUGGCGUUGUUGGUCUAAUUCAAACAGCCUUCAUUUCACAAUCGUUUCCCAUUUGGAUACUCGGAGCCAUGGCGGCUGCUAAACCCAAAGGGCAGAAUUCUUUAGCCCUCCACAAAGUGAUUAUGGUGGGCAGCGGCGGCGUGGGCAAGUCGGCCCUCACGCUGCAGUUCAUGUACGACGAGUUCGUGGAAGACUACGAGCCCACCAAAGCGGACAGCUACAGGAAGAAGGUGGUGCUGGACGGCGAGGAGGUUCAGAUCGACAUUCUGGACACGGCCGGGCAGGAGGAUUACGCCGCCAUCCGUGACAACUACUUCCGCAGCGGCGAGGGGUUCCUCUGCGUUUUCUCCAUCACGGAGCUGGAGUCCUUUGCGGCCACGGUAGACUUCAGAGAGCAGAUCCUGCGAGUGAAGGAGGACGAGAACGUUCCCUUCCUGCUGGUGGGCAACAAGUCGGACCUGGACGACCGGCGGCAGGUGAACGCCGACGAGGCCAAGGCCCGCGCCGAGCAUUGGGGGGUGUGCUACGUGGAGACCUCGGCCAAAACCCGGGCCAACGUCGACAAGGUGUUCUUUGAUCUGAUGAGAGAGAUCCGGGCGAGGAAGAUGGAGGACAGCAAAGAGAAGAACGGAAAGAAGAAAAGCAAAAGUUUGGCCAAGAGAAUCCGGGAGAGGUGUUGUAUUUUAUAGUGGGCAAACAGCAACAACAACAAAAAAAGCCAGAGAGCUGCUUGUGUACAUAAUAUCCAUUUUUCUGAAUUUUCAUUUGAACCCUCCCCCACUCUUCUUUUGACCGUGCGUCCGUCAGGGGAGUCAUGAGGCGGCACUGCACCUGCUCAAUAACUUUAACGUGCUCACACUCAAAAUUGUUGACGUAGACUGUCUCUUCCUCCGCCUGUUUUAAUGAAGCUGAAACAGGCUUAAGCAGGCUACUCGCAUACAAACAUUUACCAUCUUAACCGAUUUUUAAAGGAGAAAUGACCCCACGCAGGAAAAAAUGAGCAAGUGUGUGCUUUACUGCUCUUUUAGCCUGUUGUGCAUAUUUUUUCCCUUUUUAUCUUGGGGUAUAUGUUCCAGUCCCACCUGCGAUAGGGGAAACUCAACAAUAUACAGAGACCGUAAAAAAGCAUAUUGUAAACAUUUAAAUGUAUUAACACACACAUUCAAUUAUACAAGUUUUCCUUAGUGCCUGUUCUCAUUCUGUCGCUGUCAAGAAAUGGGAGACUAUUGAGGAAAAUAAGACUCAUUCGCAAAUAAGAGACCUAGCGUGUCUGCUUCAAGCUGUUAAUUUGUCACUCCCUGGUUAAGUUUACUAUAAAAGCGACACAAAAGAUAAUUAAACAUUGAUAAAAAAGAUAAACAAACAUCUUGCACUUCAUUAUGCUACAUCUCCUCCAGGAGAGCUCAGGAUGCUCAAACUUGGCCCGGUUAUCGGUAUGCGUGUACCCUGCUUUAGCUGAAGUUGAAACUGUAAAGGUAAAAAUCAUUACCGGAACUUGGGAAUGAUCCCUAAAAAAGUGAGAAUUCAUUGGAAGAUUCAUUUAAGUCCUGCCAGGAAAAUUGAAAGAAUACUAAUAUUUAUUUCCAGCACACAUUAACACUUGAUUUUUACCGCCACCUUCGACGCUAUUAACCCACAAUUAGCUUUAGGUAUUAACUCCUCAUAUUGUAUUUCGCACAUCUGGAUUCUAACAUUUCACCUGUUUUUUUUGUAUUUUUUUUUUUAAAAUACCUCAUUUGAGAUGGACUGCCAUUAUGAUCUUUUUUUGUAUUAUUUUUAACUCUUAUUCUAUUAACUUGUGAUGAAGUAAUCUUUGGUGCUCAAACAGGCCAGCCGAGUCACGCAACGCCGGCAUCGUGAAGGUACACAAAUGAUUGCGUCCACGCCAAUUUGACCAAACUGACAAACAUUUUUUUUAAGCACUAUAUUGCGUGUCUUUGCUUUAUUUGUUUCCGAAUUGGGCUAACCUGGAAUCUAUGGAUAUGGCCCACAAGAGCAUUUACAACUCUAAAAACAAACAAACAAAAACCACCUCAGAAGGUGAACAGUUGAACCCGCAAAUGCUUGUAAGAUAUAAAACAUAAGACAAAGGUUUCCCAACACUGCUGUAAAAAGCAAUUUGAAUCCCAUAUUGAAUCAGAAGCGUGCAGGACUGAUUCAGAAUGAAGAAUUCCCCUCAGUCACCAAAGAAAAGGGAAAACGUGCCCACUUGUAUCUGAAAACGAGCGUUUGUGUCCAGCGCACACCGCUGCCUACCUGCUGUCAGUGUUGAAUGUCGCCCAGCACCAGUCUGACGCUGCCGAUCGACUGCUUAGCUGACUUUAUUUUCACAUUUGAAUGAAAUCCCCUAAUACAACUUUCCGCAAAAAGUUGGGAAAGUCGGCUAUUGGGUGAAAUUUCAGGAUGAACAUAAAAUGCACAACAAUCUUCACAGGCCAACUUCAUUUGACCUCUCUAAAAUCUUGAAUGUACAUCCAUCCAACUGUUGAAGGUUUCAGCACUUUUUGCACAACUUGCUGUUCGACAACAAGGAGCUGAAGGGCAAAAUUCACAACAGGUGUUGGAUCCCGGAAUGGGCCGAUACAUUUGCAGGUUCCGUAAGGAUUGGUCUGGAAACGCUCGUCUUCGUCAUUCUCUUCACGUUGACAUCAUGAGACCAAGGCGCGACACCCCAAAAUGUAUCAACGGUACCUUGCCAUCAAACAGGAAGUGGCCACUAAGCUGAAAGCGUCACACAAUGUCAUUGACAGGUCGCAACAGAGAGACUGGAAGAAUCACAGAAAGGCAUAAAAGUGGACGGCCUUGGAAAUGUAAAGGGUGAUUUGUGGAUUUAAACAUUCAUAACAGCUGUUUGAGCCAUGAACAUUUUCAACGGCGUCCACUACGAGGCCUUCCUGUGACAGAUACGCAACAGUUGGACAUGCGCAUUCAAAAAGUCCAAUUAAGUUCAUCUGUAAAGGUUCAACCUGAAAUUUCACCCGAAGCCGUCCAUCCUGAACUUUUUGUGAGUAGUCUACUUAGAACAUAUGUCAAUUUUAGCAACUAAAAAACUGCCCUCCUCACUCCCUUUCUUUGCUGUUAACUGAGCCACAGCUUUUCUUACCUUGAGACCAAUUACACAAUAAACCAACAGGAUGGCCACUAUGGGAGUCUAUGCAACAACAAUAACAACCACAAAAACUGCAACGCACGGAACCACGUUUUCCUUUGCAGUUCAUCUUUCAAAUCCUCCCCGUGUUCCGCCACUUCUUUAUUGCACUCAUGUCAUGAAAAUGCAAAAGAAUGCCCGUGGUAUGUAUUUAUUGAAAAGCACACACACUGGUGAGAGUGUUUUCAGCUUUUACGUGUUGAGGUGAAGCCAAUAUGUUAGCAAGUGGAUGAAAGAGGGCCAAAGUAUGAUAUUUUUCAUUUAAGGGCUAACCUCCAGCACACCACAUGCCCCUCGACAGAGAAAAAUGUCUACUUUUGAAUUGUAAGGAAAGAGUAGUGUACCGCCUGCAUCUUCACAGUGUGAUCUCAUUGCUAAAACUACAAAAAAUAAAGUAAAGUAAAAUAACAAACAACCACCGUAGUGCUUGCUAUCAUUGGCUUAACAGUUGAAUCAUUGUUUUGGGGGUUGGGGUUGGGGUUGGGGGGGGGGGGGGGGGGGGGGUCAAGCAGAUAUCCACCGCGAGUUUAUUUCUCUUGAAAGUUUUGUGAGACAGCAGAUUCAAAUAAAUUGUUUUGCCUUUUUCUAUUAAUGCUAUAAAAAAAGAAAACAAUAUAGUCUAUAUCUAUGUAUGGUUGGGUGGUGGGGAUGUUUGCCAUGGUUGAAAUGCUCCCUUCAUGUUUACUUCCUUUUUUGAAACAUAACCACUAAUGUAGCCAAUACCCGUCUGUGAGUGUGCAAGAGGUGAUGCUUACAUUUCAAUUUUGUGUGUGUGUGUGUGUGUGUGUUGUUUGGAAAUGGCAAAUAAAGUUGAUGUGACUAAUGGUAA